AUGCUGUCUAUUGCUCUAGUCGACACACUCUUCUUGCGCCUUUUGGGCAUCGCCAUCGCCAGCUUUGCAAGUGGUCUCGGAGAGAUUACGUAUCUCCAGUACUCAACUCGGUAUGUGCCUCAAGUGACCACUUAUUGCGUCGGCUGGUUUGCUAGUGGUACAGGUGCGGCUGGACUGGUUGGUGCAUCGGCUUGGUGGAUUGUACGUCCUCUAGGCGUCCGUUUAGGGCUAAGCCUGUUGGCAUUUCUGUCUUUCGGAACGGCUAUUUCUUUCUUUUGUGUUCUUCCUGAGCCAAAAAAGAUGCCUGUGUCAGUGCCGUCAGAGGAUGAGUCGACAGAAGCAUUGAUGUCUCUACCUGACCAAGAAUCUGACCACACUCGCCUUGUAGCCUUGUCAUUCUCCGACAAGAUGAAACUACUCAAGCCCAUGCUGCUUCCAUAUAUCCUACCUCUGGUCUUGGUGUACUUUGCUGAAUAUACCAUCAAUCAAGGUGUGGCGCCGACUCUUCUUUUUACGGUGCCUGAUCCCAAGCAACAUCGAGUCCUUGCAACCCUGAUCCACACUCUUCGUGAUUACUAUCCAUUAUAUCAACUCGUAUACCAAGCCUUUGUUUUUUUCUCUCGCUCUUACACUUCCGUGCUUCCUCUGCCACCGAUUCCACAGUCAUGGCUCUGGACACCGGCUGUGCUUCAGUUGGGCUUGUUAGUCUUGUUAUCUACUGAAAGCCUGUUUGACUGGUUCAAGGAAUCGAUAGCUCGUUCAAUGGUUAUUGUUCUUAUUGCCGUGGAAGGCUUGGCAGGCGGUUCUUCCUAUGUUUCUGUCAUGUCACACAUCGGAGGCUCUGAUCGCUCGAGCGUGGGUCCUUCUGGGGAUUCAGCGUUAUCGGUACAAGAGUAUGAAUUCAAAAUCGGUUCUGUUGGUGUGGGUGACUCUCUUGGUAUUGUUCUUGCUUCCCUCGUGUCUAUACCGUUGCAAGUUUCGCUUUGCCAAGCCCAAGUUGCCCGCGGACGUGACUUGUGUACUCGUACUUGA